AUGGCGCCCAAGUUGGCUUUGUUUACUGUUAUUUUCCUGUUUCUUCUCUGCCUCUGCUGCGGAUGCAUCGAGAGGGAACGGGAAGCUCUUCUCCGCCUAAAAGCCGACUUAAAUUACUCUUCUUCUUAUUCCUAUAUAAGCCUGGCAUCAUGGGAGGAGGGAGCAGAUUGCUGUCUCUGGCAGGGCAUAACCUGCAACAACACCACCAAUCAUGUAGUCGGUGUUGAUAUUAGUGGCCAAUAUGAGCCUGUUGUUCCGGGCGGUUUUGAAAUUGGUUUUCAGCCCUUAGUUGAAGGAGCCAUCGUAUUUGACAGCUUGUGCAACCUCACUUUUGUUGAAACUAUAGACCUCUCUCACAACGGAAUAUCAGGUAUUAUUCCUCGCUGCUUGGGAAACCUGUCUUUUCUCACAGAUCUGUAUUUAAACAAUAAUGCGUUGAGCGGGAGCAUUCCGUUGUCCUUUGCAAACAUGUCUUCUCUUGUUAGCCUUUCUUUAAGUUCAAACUUCUUGGGAGAUGAAAGUUCCCUUAUUUCUUUGUGUAUGAUCAGUAGUCUUACUUACGUUUAUCUUGAUUCCAACCAGCUAAACGGAAGCUUACCAUCUUGUUUCGGUACUCUCUCUUCUCUAAAUUGGCUAUAUCUUAGAGAUAACGAACUCAUAGGAAGCAUUCCCUCUUCUCUCUCUAAUCUCACUUCUCUAACUGGGCUCUAUCUUCCAGACAAUCACUUGAGUGGUGAUAUUCCAUAUUCAUUAGGCAAGAUCUCCUCACUAAGAUUUUUUGAUGUUUCUAACAAUUGUUUAAGUGGUUGUAUCCCAGAUUCCUUGGGUGGCCUCUCUUCACUGGAAGAGAUUGAUCUGUCUUACAACCAGCUAAAUGGAACUUUUCCCCUUUCAUUUUCAAGGCUUUCAUCCCUUACUAGACUCCAUGCGGAGAGGAAUAAAUUCGACCUGAGUAUUGCUUCUUCAGCUCUACCCUCUUCUCUUUGGGAGCUCUCUCUCACAUUAAACGGCCAUCAGAUAAUUUCAGAGUCUUUCUUUCACUCCAUUAGCAAAUUAAAUUCUCUAAGCCUGUCCAAUUGUGUACUUAAUAUCAGCACCACUUGGAUUCCCUCGUUCCAGUUAUCGACCUUACAUAUGACAUCAUGUAAAAUAAAUGGUCAAAUCCCUUCGUGGAUCUCGACUCAGUUCUCACUUUCAGAUUUAGUAUUAGGUGACUGCAAUCUUGUUGGAGAAAUUCCCCCUGGGCUAGGGGAAAUGGGUUUUGGCAUGCUCAACCUCUCAGCAAACCAUCUGCAAGGCCCCCUUCUGCUAAAUAGUUCAGCUUGGAAUAUGUUGUCAUUCUUGGAUGUGUCUAGGAAUGCAUUAUCGGGUCAAAUACCGUCAAAUUGGCCCCCUUAUAUGAAAGUAUUGCUGCUCAAUGACAAUUUUCUGAGGGGAAAUUUUUUUCAAGGCUUUCAGGACACCUCUCCAUUAAUGAUUCUAAAUUUGGCAAAUAACUCUUUAAGUGGAACCAUCCCUCAAAGCUUAGGAAAUUGUAUCUGGCUUCGAAUUCUGAAUUUGGGGGAUAAUAAGUUUGAGGGAAGGAUUCCGCACGGGCUGUGUGAGGAAAAUCGUCUGCUGUCGCUAGUUGUAAAGAAUAACCGCCUGACUGGAUCACUCCCUCCUUCUAUAUCAAACUGCAUAGAAUUAAAUUUUCUGGAUGUGGGGCAGAACUUUUUGUCAGGCAAGAUUCCAAAGGUAAUAGGAAAACUGACAGAGUUGAAAGUGUUAGCAAUGAGGAAGAAUAAUUUUGAAGGUAGCAUUCCUGCAGAAAUCGGGCAGCUCAAACACCUUCAAAUCUUGGAUCUUUCUUCAAAUCGUCUAUCAGGUCUUAUACCACGCAGCAUUUUCAGUUUACAAGCAAUGUUAGAACCGCACCAGGAACUCAGUAUGGUUCAAAUAGAUCUACAUAUAGAUUCCAAUUACAUGUAUGAGAAUGGAUUGAAUAUGAAUUCAAAAGGCAGAGAUGAGGAUUACAUCUAUAUUUUCCCUGACAUGGCAUCAAUAGAUCUUUCAGACAAUCAAUUGAGUGGGGAGGUUCCUUCUGAUCUGGGAAAGUUGAAGGGGUUGAAGUUGCUCAACCUUUCUAUGAAUAAUUUCAGUGGUAUGAUUCCAGAUAUUAUUGUACAAAUGAGCUGGCUAGAAUCAUUAGAUCUUUCUACAAAUAAUUUUUCUGGACAAAUACCUUCAGAUCUUGGUUCAUUGAAUUAUUUAGGAGCUCUCAACUUUUCCAAUAAUCAGCUUUCAGGUAGCAUACCACAAGGAGGAUAUAUGACAACAUUUACCGAAUCAUCAUAUUUAAGGAAUCCAGAUUUGUGGGGAUGUCCACUUCGAAAGAAAUGUUUUUGGCCAGAAUUUGCUCCAGCUCCUCCUCCUGUUUCGAUAUCUACUCACGAAGAAGAACAAAGUAAGGAAAUCAUAUGGGCUUUGGAGAAAAUGUUCACCUUGCAGGAGAAUGUUUCAAAGUUUGAUUGGGGUGAUGAAGCGGUAGCUGAUCUGCUUCCACUUGAGGAUCCAUUUGGCAUCAACACACACCAUGUUCCUCAAAGGGUUUUUUGGGGCAGGCAAUGGGUGGAUAUGGCCAUUCGGCAAAAGGCUUCCUCUGGUCUUCCUCACCAUGGUUCUUGCGUUGGUAAUGAGGGUUUUCCUUGGGUUAAAAAAUUCAGGUGA